UGUCCGUCUUAGCACCCUUCCUGCACUCGCCAUCCCCAGGCUUGCACGUCAGGCGUGCGCCAGCUCCUACACCGACGCCCGGUUCUUUGGCCCCAGCCCACAGACUAUGCUCGGCCCCCACGAGCUCGCCCUCUCCGCCAGCCCGCAUUCCCUGCCCGACUCGGCCACUCGCUCCAUCGGCCAGGAGUUGCUGACCCCGCCCAUGGCGUGGACACCCCGCAGCGAGGUCGAAGACGAGUUCAAGUUCAACGUCGUCAACCACGAUCUGCUCAGCUCGCCAAAGUUCUCGUACUUCAUCACCAACGUCCUCUUCCAGGUUCUGUACUCGGAACCGCACCAACCCGUCACCCAGUUCGAUCCCGAGAGCUUCCAGAUGGCCCACCGCCUGAUCCACACCCUCCUCCAGAAGGUCUCCCACACCAUGACCGUCUCGAUCGUGCUGGCCUCGAUCAUACUGCUGGAGCGCGUCGCACAUGCCAAGGUCUUCCAGCUCUCCAAGGGCUCCGAGUAUCUGAUGUUUGUGGUUGCACUCAUCAUUGCCAACAAGCUGCAGGACGACUACGCCUGGACCAACAAGUCCUGGACCUCGCUCAGCGGCAUCCAGGCCACCAAGCUGAGCCUGCGCGAGCGCCAGUUCCUCAAGGUGCUGCAUUACGAUCUCUCUGUCAACCAGGCCCGCUACGACUGCUGGGAGCGCUAUUUCAAGUCGAACCAGUUCUAUUGCAAGUAACUGCUCGUUGCUGUGGGAUCCACCGGCCCUCCUCUCCUGCAUCACUGCGUAUUUAUCACCACGGCUCUCUGGACCCUUUCGCUCGCUCGCGCCGGCUGCAUCUCGCCCGCGCCAGCCACCAGCAGCCUCCCCCCUAUGCUUGAUUGUUCUUCUUUGCCUUUCAUGUAUGUACUUUAUAUAGAGAUAUAGAUUGUUGUGCUCGCAUCCGCCAUGCAACAUCUUUCAUUCACCGCACUCGACACACACCACGCACCCAUGCACCCAUCCAUCCAUCUAUGUUCGCCGGCAGCGCCCCUUUUUGGAUCUGGAAUCGAAUACACUCCAUGCAAUGCCCCCGAGAGCCAUCGUGCGCCAGCAGCCAUUUGCUUGAUCCCAUUUUCUCGCAACCAUAUGCUCGCAGCCAAUUCGUUCU